AUGAUCCGCCGUCGUCCGGCCAAGGAUGACAACAAUGACGAUGGCCACCAGCGGCAGCCACCACAAAAAGACUCCGCAGACUUACCACCCCCGAAUAACUCUUCCUCGCCAGAUAUCAUCAUAGAAAAGCGCGAAUCAAAAUUUGCCUUUGUCACGAAACCGAAGAGUAAACGUCGCAAUGGACUUAUUUUCUUGCUGGGCGGCGUGUUCGGGAUUUUGUGCGCGGUCUUUUUCGCCAACCACCAGGAUGUUAUUAGUCUGGAGUCGCUGAUGGAUCUGAAUCUGGAUACCCUAAUGGAUGUAAUUCCGCAGAGUAUAAUGAGGGAUGUGCGGGAGUUGUCGCAACAUGAACGCGAUGCUGCCAGCUACGAUCCGUUCUCCAUUGGUCUGCAGCUCCAGGCACAGGGAAUUGAAGCGAAGCAUCCGGUGGUUAUGAUCCCCGGGGUGAUUUCAACGGGCCUGGAGAGCUGGGGAACAGGGACGGUAUCGCGGCUUUACUUCCGGCGCCGGCUCUGGGGUAGUUGGAGUAUGAUGCGCGCCCUGGUUCUCGACAAAGCGGAGUGGAAAAAUCACAUUAUGUUAGAUAAAACGACUGGGUUGGAUCCGCCGGGCAUCAAGCUGCGUGCGGCGCAAGGGUUCGAUGCUACGGAUUUCUUUAUAACAGGGUACUGGAUUUGGAACAAGAUUCUUGAGAAUCUCGCGAGUAUUGGGUAUGACCCGACCAAUGCGUUCACGGCCGCGUACGAUUGGCGACUUUCCUAUUUAAAUUUGGAAACUCGCGACCAUUAUUUCAGCCGACUUAAGUCCUACAUUGAAACCGCUGUGCUGGUGAGCGGGGAGAAGGUAACCCUAACCUCCCACAGUAUGGGCUCGCAGGUUGUGCUUUUCUUCUUCAAGUGGGUUGAGAACCCGGAGUACGGCAAGGGAGGCUCUGACUGGGUCAAUCGUCAUAUUGCGUCGUGGAUUAACAUCAGUGGGUGCAUGCUAGGCGCCGUUAAGGGUCUUACAGCCGUGCUCUCGGGUGAAAUGCGGGAUACAGCACAACUAAAUGCCUUUGCUGUGUACGGGUUGGAGAAGUUCCUGUCUAAGGAAGAACGCGCAGAGAUAUUCCGAGCUAUGCCAGGUAUUUCCAGUAUGCUCCCCAAGGGCGGAGAGGCCGUCUGGGGUAACUCGACCUGGGCUCCUGAUGACCAGCCUGGACAAUCAAUGACCUUUGGCAACCUCUUGAACUUCCGCGAGACCAACUCCUCCUGGACACGCCGCAACUUGACCGUCUCCCAGAGCCUAGAAUACUUACUCAACCAAAGUGAAGACUGGUAUCGUGAUCAAGUCCUCAGCAGCUACUCCCACGGUGUUGCACCCACCGCAGCCGAAGUUGAAGCAAAUGAGAAGGACCCUCGCACCUGGCUGAACCCCCUAGAAGCACGACUGCCUCUCGCCCCAGACAUGAAAAUCUACUGCUUCUAUGGCGUCGGCAAACCCACCGAACGCAGCUACUUCUACCACGAAGAGCCUGACCCACUCGUAAACCUAAAUGUCAGUAUCGACACAACCGUAACCAUUAAUGACGGCGCCGACCACGGCGUCCUCAUGGGCGAGGGAGACGGCACCGUCAACCUUAUUAGUACGGGAUACAUGUGCGCCAAGGGCUGGCACAUCAAACGAUACAAUCCCGCCGGUGUGAAAAUCAAGGUCUUUGAAAUGCCUCACGAGCCUGACAGGUUUUCUCCCCGAGGUGGUCCUAAUACAGGCGAUCAUGUCGAUAUCCUAGGUCGAGCCUCACUUAACGAAAUGAUUCUCCGCGUCGCCGGCGGCCGGGGCGACGAAAUCGAGGAGACCUUUGUCUCGCGGAUCCGGGAGUACGCAGAUAAAGUCAAGAUUCACGAAGAGUGACACAGUUUUCUUUCUUUCUUUCUUUCCCGUCUUUUUUUCCUCUCCUCUUGGUAUAAAUAAUACCUAGAGGUAAUGUAUAAAUAAACACACACCCUGAUGGGUGUUUCAUGCUUCAUUUGAUGAUUUACUCGCCUGUUUACGUUCCGGUUGUUCUGCUUAUUAGGAAGGGGAGUUUCAGAUAAAAUUAGACCUAUUAAACCUGUUUUGUCUGUCUUUUUGGCAUUUAUAUUUCAUUCUUUUUCUUGUUUUAAUUUUAUUUUACCUGCGCAGACAAGGUAUUCCAGGCAGAAGUCUUAGGAGGUAGAUACUUGGAUGGCGCUGCUUGAGCAGAGUGAUUUAUUCACCUGUAGUCAUUUUGUAACUUUAUUGUAUAUCUUAUAGGCC